AUGGACAAACUGGAACGGGUCCGAAAUGCGCAGCUUGCGCAGGUGAAAAGGGAGCUUGCAGCGGCCGAAAAGCUCGGCGAACGGAAAGCAUCCAUUGGAGAAGCGACGGAUCGGCUGGAGCUGCUCAAAGAACUCGCCGGAAAGUUCCGGCAGACACAGGAGAGCAUCGAACAGGAGCAAGAGAAUCCGGAGGUCAUUGCCUCAGUCCACGACUAUCGGGAGGAAUUUAACGAAUCGUACUACGCCGCACGGAAUCUUUUGGAAAAGUACAUCGUUGACAACAAUCCGGAUGAAACAGGUUCUACGGAUAGUGGCCACACGGUGAUCGAUGGAAACGGCGAACUGCGCGAAGCGAUGCGACUACUGCUGAACACUCAGCGUACCAUGAUGGAGCGUUCGGGGAAUGCAGGUGGAAAUCUGGAGCCGGCGGGGAACAACGUACCGAAUGUUAGACUUCCGGCGAUCGACGUGCCAAAGUUCAGCGGGGAACGGAAGCACUGGAGCUCUUUCAAAGAUAUCUACACCACGACCAUUCACAACCGGAACGAUUUGAGACCGUCGCUGAAGAUGCAGUACUUGGUCUCGUAUGUGGACGGGUUCGCGCAGCAGCUAGUAGGCCGGUACUCGAUCUCCGAUGCCCACUACGAGGAGGCAUGGACAGCGCUCAAGGACUACUACGACAAGAAAAAGUUCACCGUAUUUGCCUUGGUUCGAGAGUUCGUGGAACAACCGGCGGUGGAAGAAGCAGUUUCUGGCGAACUUCGAAAGCUCGCCACGACUUCCGAUGAGGUCGUGCGUCAACUCAACGCACUUGGAGCUGAGUUCAACACACGAGAUCCGUGGCUUAUCCACAUUCUGCUGGAAAAGCUCGACGACGAAACGCGUUCACUGUGGGCGCAACGUAUUGUCGAAGUGGACAACCCCCUCGUUGGACGACUUCCUGAAAUUUUUGGGCAACCGGUGCGAUGCGCUGGAAACCUGCUCAGCGUUUUCGAGGAAGGUGUCGCCGAACGUUCUUCCCAAGAAGGAGACCACGAAGAAACCGCCGUCGGAGAAAAAAAGAAGAUGGACCUGCAGUGCAAACGGGAUCUGGUGGCACAGGAAAAGUUGUGUUACAACUGUUUGCGAUCGUCACACAUUGCCAAGUCCUGCAGUUCGAAAUCAGUGUGCCGGAAUGCGGACUGCAAACAGCGUCACCACACGUUGUUGUGCCCGAAAAGUACGGUGAGACAAGUGGUGAACGAGAGCGCAACGGAAGAAAACUCCACGAUCGAUCCUGUCGUCACGAUGGUGGCGCAAGUGCCAGCGGAUGUGCCACGGAAAGCGUUCAUUCUGCCCACAGCCAUCAUCCGCAUUCGGGGAGUUGACGGCCGUCUGAUUCAAGCACGGGCACUCGUCGAUUCCGGUUCAGAAGCAUCGUUGAUCUCGGAGGCCUGCGUUAGCAAACUCGGACUGCCACGUGCCAACGGAAAGGUGGCGGUCACCGGUAUGGGGCAACAAGCUGCUGGAACAACGCGAGGAGUGGUGAAGCUCGAAAUUGCCAACCGGUUCGACGACACAAGCGUGCUACAGACGAUGGCCUACGUCAUGGGGAAACUGACGUCCACACUCCCAACGCAGCUCUGCCAGGUGCAUCCAAGCCUCUUGGACAGAGAUGUUCAAGAUUUCCUCGCUGAUCCGGCGUACCAGCGUCCGGGGCCGAUCGAUUUGAUCCUGGGAUGUGAUGUCUUUCUUGCUCUAUUGCGGCCGGGGCAAGUCAAGGACGACGGAGGGGUUCCUGUUGCGCAGAACACAAUCUUCGGGUGGAUUGUGUCCGGGAAUCAAGCCAUCUACACGCAUCGUAUCCAAGCCAACGUCUCGAUAGUUAAUCUUCACGCAGAGUUAGACAUCAAUCGCACCUUGCGGAUGUUUUGGGAGCAGGAAGAGAUUCCGAAACCGGCGCAACUUACUCCAUCUGAAGAAGCUGCCGCCGAGUUUUUCAAGUCCACGCUUUCACGGGAGAAAGAUGGACGUUUCAUCGUACGAUUGCCGUUUGACGAGUCGAAACCGGCGCUUGGGGAAUCGCUGGGUCCAGCCAUCAAACGAUUGCGAUCAAUGGAAAGGCGUUUCCGGAGUGAUUCGGAGUUCCACAAGCUUUACUCCGAUUUCCUCACCGAGUACCAGGCCCUGGGGCACAUGGAAGAGGUGCCAGCGAACGAGGUGGAAGUAGAAGCUGGAAAGUGUUGCUAUCUACCUCACCACGCCGUCGUCAAGGACAGCACGACAACAAAAUUGCGAGUGGUUUUCGACGCCUCCUGUGCAACGUCGACCGGAGUGUCCCUCAAUGACAGGCUGCUUGCAGGACCUAACGUGAACCAGGAGCUGUUCUCUGUGUUUCUGCGCUUUCGAACCUACAAGGUGGCGUUUACGGCAGAUGCUGAAAAGAUGUACCGACAGGUGUGGGUGCAUCCAGCGGACCGGGACUAUCAGCGGAUCGUGUUCCGCGAAACGGAGGACCAACCCAUCAAGCACUACCGGCUGUGCACCGUUACUUACGGCACCAAGUGCGCUCCGUACUUAGCAAUCGAAUCGAUGAAGCAAGCAGCCAGCGAGUUCAAACUCAAGUAUCCGGAGGCGGCCCAGAAGAUCGAGUUGGACACGUACGUCGACGAUUUUCUCUCCGGAGCACAAACGGUGCAGCGGGCGAAGGAGUUAAAGAGCCAAGUCGUGGAGAUUCUGGAGUCCGCUGGUUUCCACCUGCGGAAAUGGACCACUAACUGCCCGGAGCUACUUCAACACGCGGCGGAGACAGACCAGACGCCGGUUGAGGUGAAACUGGACGAACGAGCGAACGCGGUCAAGGCACUUGGAAUUUUGUGGCAUCCCAAGGAGGACGAAUUCUCGUUCAAGGUCAACCUCAGCCCGAACAGUGUCAACACCAAACGACAACUACUUUCGGAUUCUUCCAAGUUGUUUGACCCGCGAUUCGCACCCAACAAGGACGGCAAGAUCGAGUUGCACGGGUUUUCGGAUGCAUCGGAAGCGGCGUACUCGGCGGUGGUGUAUGCGAGGGAACCUGACGAAACUGGACAAGCGGAGAUGAACCUACUGGCAGCUAAGACGAAGGUGGCGCCGAUACGCCAAGUGUGCGUACCCAGACUGGAGUUAAACGGUGGGACUCUUCUGGCAAAUCUGAUGCUGGCGAUAGUUGCGGCGCUUUCGCAUCUCGAGGUGGAACUCUACGCAUACACGGACAGCAGCAUUGUUCUUCACUGGCUAUCUGCGCACCCACGCAAGUGGAAGACGUAUGUGGCCAAUCGUACGUCGGCCAUUCUCGAAGUGCUGCCACGUGAUCGCUGGAGCCACGUGCGAAGCGAGAACAACCCGGCAGACUGCGCCUCUCGUGGGCUCACCCCAGCUGAGCUGGUAGCGCACCCAAUGUGGCCCCAUGGACCCAAGGAGAUGAACUCGAAGGAUGACAGCUGGAAGAACGUACCACUCGAACCGAUAGACGACGAGGACCUGUUGGAAACCCGCCAGCUCAAGGUGUUGCACAGUACUGCAAUGGUCAUCCGAACGGACUACAGCAUCGAGUCACGGCUGUUGGCACGGCGGUCGAGCUACACGCUCAUUGUACGUACACUGGCGUACGUCAAUCGUUUUCUGUUGGCACUCAAGUCUGAAGAUGCAAACUUGGAACCAGGUCUGUCCCCAAACGAAAUUUACGAUGCGAAAGCUCAGUUGGCUCGAUUUGCACAACACGGCGCGUACGAGAAGGAAAUUCAGCUGCUACUGAAAGGCGAAGAACUCCCGGCUAAGGACAAGCUGUCUGCUCUUCAUCCGUUUCUUGAUGGCCAAGGCACAAUGCGAGUAGGAGGGCGGCUUCAGAACUCCUCGCAUCCGUACGAUGUCAAGCACCCCAUCAUCUUGCCGGGCAGCCACAAGGUGACGGAGCUGUUGCUGCGAGAACUACAUUUGCGAAACCUGCACGCCGGACCUACACUUCUCACAGCUACGGUCAACCAACAGUACUGGGUGAUUGGACUCCAAGCAGCUGUUCGUCAAGCGGUUCAAGGUUGCGCCCGGUGCGUGCGGCUCAAGGGAAAGACGGCUUCGCAACUCAUGGGCAGCCUGCCUGUGACUCGAGUGAUGGGGACUAGAGCAUUUGCGCACGUCGGCGUGGAUUACGCAGGUCCAGUGAAGGUUCACGCAUCCUGCGUGCGAGGCGUAAAGACCACAAAGGGAUACAUCGUAGUUUUCGUGUGCAUGGCCACAAAGGCCGUCCAUUUGGAACUCGCCAGUGAUUUAUCUACCAACACCUUCAUUGGCGCACUGAAGCGGUUCGUAUCGAGGCGUUCGCACCCGAACGAGAUGUGGUCCGACUGCGGCACAAACUUCGUGGGAGCAGACACGUGGCUGAAGGAGAUCCGAGGUGCGCUGGAGAAGCACAACGUAGCUGCUAACCGGUUCCUGACUAAUUUGGGCAUCAAAUGGGUGUUCAAUCCACCAUCAGCACCGCACCGUGGUGGGCUCUGGGAGGCCGCGGUAAAGAGUGCAAAGAAGCAUCUGGUCGCGGUGCUAGGAUCCGACGCAGCUACAUUUGAGGAACUUUCAACGGUGCUGACGCAAGUAGAGGCAUGCCUCAAUUCACGUCCGUUGUGCCCACUUUCAGCGGACCCGGAUAGCUACGAAGCAUUGACACCUGGUCACUUCUUAGUUGGACAACCGCUAAACCUCAUCCCGGAACCAGGUGUGCAGCACCUCCCGAUGAAUCGCUUGGACAAGUGGCAAUUGGUACACAGACAUACGACGGAUAUUUGGAGCCGUUGGCGGGAUGAAUAUCUCGCUCACCUGCAGCCAAGAACGAAAUGGAGGACGACCGAGACCAACGUAAAGGAGGAUCAGCUGGUGCUGGUCAAAAACGACAACGCACCGCCGACUCAGUGGGAGUUGGCCAGGAUUGUGAAGCUGCACCCGGACGCAUCUGGAGUUGUCCGGACGGUAACGCUGCGACGAGGUCAAGCGGAGUACUUGCGCCCCGUUCAAAAGAUCUGUGUACUACCAACUGAUUGA